GCCUUGCUGUCAGUAUCAUUUGUCAGGCAAAGCAGGCUCCUAUCAUACGAUUCCGGUCCUGUUUUGCCUGUUCGCUUGGCUGAUAAGCUGAAGCGAGUGGGCCCGCACUGCCAGCGACGCAAGAAAAGAUUUCGAGUUCCCACUAGAGGACGGAAGUAGAUGUUCCUCCACUCCACUAUCCGUGAUGCGGUGACCUGCUGCUGUGAGCCUGCCACAUAUGUAAGUAGUAGCUGGAGAAGCUCUGCUUCUUUGAUAGCCUUUCUCUGCUUUCCUCUCCGAUCUUGCUCGGGUUUCCCCGAGACUCCGAGCAAAGAUGGCCGAAUCCUUCGUUCUCAACACCGGCGCGACGAUCCCAUCGGUUGGUCUUGGCGUAUGGCAAAUAAAGCCUGAAGCUGUCGGCGACGCCAUCUAUGCUGCUGUCAAGCUUGCUGGCGACUCCAUGUGUUGAGCCUGAAUUGCCGGUUCUCUUCAUCAGGAUACUGGGAUAGGAUCUGACUGUUUUGUCUUGGGCCUGUAAAAUUUGUAUUCUGUAGAAUGAGGUCUAUGACAUAAUAGACUUAUGCUCAAAUUGGAAAUUUCUAUUGAUGCAGUAACCUCAGCUAACCGAACUAGUUACAUCUACUACAAAGGCACCGGCAAAGUCCAAAAUAUCUUGCUCUUGAAGUGUUUGUAUGGUCCAUGGGAUCAUAAUGUUUAUUCAAACAUAGAAGAACGUGGCAGAAUUAUAAUCUGAUGGCUGGGUAUCGGCACAUCGAUUGCGCUGCAGCAUACAGCAAUGAAAAGGAGGUGGGCUUGGCCUUGAAAAAAUUAUUUGAGGAUGGUGUGGUUAAGCGUGAAGAUAUGUUUAUCACCUCUAAGCUGUGGUCCGCUUAUCAUGCACCUGAAGAUGUGCCAGAAGCAAUUGGUACCACACUUCAAGAUUUGCAGCUUGACUACUUGGACUUGUACCUUAUUCAUGGUCCAUUCCGUAUCAAGAAAGGAACUACGAUGGGCCCUGAAAAUCUUAUCCCUACUGAUAUCCCUGCUACAUGGGGAGCAAUGGAGGAGCUAUACCACUCUGGCAAAGCUCGUGCGAUCGGUGUGAGUAAUUUUUCAUGUAAGAAGCUGGAGGACUUGUUUGCCGUUGCAUGUGUGCCUCCAGCAGUCAACCAGGUUGAGUGCCAUCCGGUUUGGCAGCAAGACAAGCUCCGUAAGCUUUGCCAGUCGAAGGGUGUCCAUCUUUCUGCCUUUUCGCCCUUAGGUUCACCUGGAUCACCUGGGGUCAAUGGCCCAAGCGUCCUAAAUGACCCCAUUGUGGUCUCUGUUGCUGAGAAGUUGCAGAAAACACCUGCCCAGGUCGUUCUACGCUGGGGAAUUCAAAUGGGCCACAGUGUACUCCCCAAAAGCACCAAUGAAGCAAGGAUUAAGGAGAAUAUCAACAUAUUUGACUGGUCUAUUCCUGAAGAUUUGAUGGCGAAGUUCUCUGAAAUCAAACAGGUUAGGCUCCUGAGAGCCGAGUUUGCGGUUCACCCACGGAGCGGAUGCAAUACAUUGGAGGAUCUUUGGGAUGGCGAGAUAUAGGUGAGGGAAUUAUUCUUAUAUGCAGAUGGCAAAUGCUUUGCUUGGACUGGGGAGAAUGAACUUAUAUGCAGAUGGCAAACUGGGAAUUAUUCUUACAUGCCUCCGUUAGGAGAAAGAACUUGUGAAUACUUGCCCUAUGCUGCUCUUCUAGACGCUUGUGUUUCAUUGUAUCCGUAGAUGACUGUUCGAACUCCCUGACCAGAUAAAGUACAUGGCAUGUUCAACUUAUCUUUAUGUCAAGGAAGAUGCUAGAGUAUGUUAAACCGUCCAA